AUGCAUUGGCGGUUGCACCUCUUUCUGCUGUGGGUUGGUGUCUGUGAUGGACUCUCCUCUCCGGCCUCGACUAGUACUACGGCGUCUGGAAAAUCAUUGUUACGAAUGAACAGUGCUUCCAGGCACACUUUAUACGACUUGCCCGUUUCUAACAAUGGAGCUCGAUGCCGUCUCAUUCUCUACAAGAAAGGCAUAACAACCUCUGAGGUAGACAUUGUUUCACCCGCGGAACUGGGUGGAUUGAAAUCAGAAGAGUAUCAACAAGUGAACCCGCAAGGGAAAAUGCCAGCAUUGGUGAUCCACAAUAAUGGGGUAGAUCCGUCAUCCUCCUUUGGCAUUGCCGAGAGCGACACCAUUAGUCGAUAUCUAAUGUCAACCUACGCCACAACGGGACCAUCCUUUCAACCAGAUCUGGCACGGAGCAACUUGAUGGCUCGGUUCCACGACAUUUACCUAACCACCAUUCAAGGAUGCCUCUACAAACCGACACCUCCAUUUGGCGUUUAUCAGACACGACAAGACGCCUUGUUGGAAUUCCAAUCACAGCUACAAGUCUUGGAGGAUCUCGUGGUCGACGACGGUCAGUACUUGUGUGGAUCAGACAUUUCCUAUGCGGAUGCCGCCAUCUUUCCCACCCUGGUCUUUGCCGCCUUCAUGAUGCCUAAGUUUGACGGGGCUGCUGAGGGAUUCCAAACCACACUCCCACCCAAACUCAACCAGUACCUGGAACAUGUGCGAACCUACGAUUCUGCCUUUGGCAAAGUCUACAAUGAGAUUAUGGAUGUCUUGGAAGGUUCCUGGGAACAAGAACGAAAACGAUGGGAUGGCAUUUGGCUAGCUGGACAACGAGAUACAGAUCCAGACACUAUCUUUGACAAGAUUGUUGCCAAGGAAAUCUCAGCAGGCAUUGUCCGCGAAACAGACGAUAUUCUGGCGUUUACCGAUAUCAAUCCUGCUGCUCCAGCUCACAUCCUCGUCAUACCCAAGAAUCGGAAUGGAUUGAGUCGUCUGCAAAAAGCCACACCCGAACAUGUUGAAAUUCUAGGCAAGCUCAUGGUCGUGGCAGGCGAGAUUGCCCGUGAUGAAUCGCUGGGGUUUGGACCUGAUGGUGCUAGGAUUGUGGUGAAUGACGGCCCCGCAGCAGGACAAGAGGUCCCACACCUGCAUAUUCAUGUGAUUGGCGGAAGGGCCAUGGCAUGGCCUCCGGGUUAA